AUGGUCAAUUCCAGGGUCCGUCAAAUAAAUGUCCGUCUCUAUGAAAUCUGUGAUGAAUUCUCUGUAAUAAUCAAAUUGCUGUUUAAAUAUCUUAAAUGCAACAUCGAGUUUAUUGAGCAAGAUCCAAAUGCAAAAGGCGAUUUUAUGCCAAAUGGUAGUUGGGUAGCAAUAAUAAGCAAAUACAUACGAUCUGGAUCAUUUGCGAGUAUAGUGUUUGCCUUAUGGCUCAUAAAUUGUCUCUUUUGGGACCAAUUAUUUAUGAGUAAUAUAUUGUCAAAUCUGGCGAUCAUUCCGUUGUCGGGAAUUAAUAGUCUUCAGGACAUUAUCGACGCAAACAAUACCGACUUAACGAUAAUGGUAGACAAAACCAGUUUUGCAUACAACCAUUUAUUGAAGACAAAGUAUCCGAAUUUAAAAUAUAUUAAUAGCAAUCAAUACGAUAUACAAUGGAAGACACAUAUACUGCCCAUAAUAAACGGAAAAUCAGUGUUUAUAUCGUACGAGUCGUUGAUAAAUGAGAUCAUUUAUCUCUACCCAACUCUACCGCUGCAUAAAUCCAAUGAAAACCUAAUGCUAGCCAUUGGCGGCGUAUUAGUCCGCAAACAGUUUAACCCGUGGAUUAAAUACCAAUUUAAACACAUGUUUAUCAUAAUGAAAGAGACGGGACUAUUAUUAUGGCAAACGAGGGUUAAUAAAAUGAUUGCCAAAGCGGUAGCAAUGAGAGAGCUCAAGAGUGGCUCCGAAAUAGAUUCGCCGCUAAAUGUAGACACAAUUCGGGCAUUAAAUCUAAUUGACAUUCAAGGCAUUUAUAACAUUACAGUGGACAUUGACAUUUUGCAUUUUAACGUGUUCGUCAUUAUGAAUGGAAAGUCCUGUUUGGCAAAUAAGCACAGUUGGGGGUAUUUUGUUAGCAAAUGGCAGUUGGACUGGAAUUAUGGCAAAAAUUAA